AUAUUAAAAUGAAUCAAAAUCUAAUACAAAUUAUUAUCUCUCCUUUAACUCGAUAUUAAAUUGAUCGGUGACUUGUCAAAAAUCAGAAACUCUGCUUGCCGAUCACAGGGGAAACCAAAAAAAAAAAAAAAACAAAGGUUUUAUUUCAUUUUUUUUUUAUUUUGCAAUUGACGAAAUCUUUUUUCCCCUCGAUUGCCGGAUAUUUGGCGAAGCGAGAGAGACUGAUUCCUCCAAGAAUUCUGAAGGAAACAAAGGAAAAAAAGGAAAACAAAGAAAGCUCUCUCUUUGUGAAUCGAAUCGAAGAUGCUGAGAGUGGCGACGAGGAGGCUCUCUUCUCUCACUUCGUGCCCGUCUGCGUGGCGGCCCCACCUCGCUACCUCCGCAAUCGCCUCUCGCUCUUUAAUCAACGGUGCUGAGUCUCCCGAUGAUCUCGGAUCCGGCUCCUCCUCUUUUGCUUCACCCUUUCUUAUUCCCACCAGAGGUUUUGCUUUUGAGUCACUUGCCCCAAAAAGUGAAAACAGUGUGAUUCCUGAUGUUCAAGCAACGGUGGCAGCAAUUAAGAACCCCACUUCUAAAAUAGUCUAUGAUGAAUACAACCAUGAACGUUUUCCUCCAGGUGACCCCAGUAAGCGGGCAUUUGCCUAUUUUGUCCUGACAGGUGGUAGGUUUGUGUAUGCUUCUCUUAUCCGUCUGCUUAUCCUAAAGUUUGUGCUGAGUAUGUCAGCCAGUAAGGAUGUUCUUGCAUUGGCUUCUAUCGAGGUUGAUCUCUCCAGUAUUGAACCUGGCAGCACUGUAACUGUUAAGUGGCGUGGAAAGCCAGUCUUUAUCAGGCGCCGAACUGAGGAUGAUAUCAAGCUGGCAAACAGUGUUGAUAUAGGGUUGCUUCGUGAUCCACAAGAGGAUGCAGCAAGGGUUAAGAAUCCAGAGUGGUUAAUUGUUGUUGGGGUCUGCACACAUCUGGGUUGCAUUCCAUUGCCAAAUGCUGGUGAUUUUGGUGGAUGGUUCUGCCCUUGCCAUGGUUCCCAUUAUGAUGUCUCUGGCAGGAUUCGCAAGGGGCCGGCACCAUACAACCUGGAGGUGCCCACUUACACCUUCCUGGAUGAGAACAAGUUGCUGAUCGGUUGAGAAUAGCAGUGUAAUCAACCAAACAGCGUUAAUUUGGAUCUCAUAUUUUUUUUUAUAUCAGAUAAUGCUGAAGACUUGUUGAAAUCUUUGCUUUUGCUGCCCUUGACUUUUGGGGCAAUGUUAGGGUUGUUUUUUAAACUGCUGACGAUUGAUGUUGCUCUGAAUUCUGAAUAAGUUGUCCGGAUUUUGCUGA